AUGGAAGGGCUGAUUGGGAUCCGUUUCGAUGGCUUCUGUCUGAUGGCUUCGGACCGAUUGAGCGCUCACUCGAUAAUAGUGGUGAAGAACGACGAGAAGAAGUUGUAUGAAUUGAGUGACCAUUUGCUGCUCGGAGUGAACGGCGAGAGCGGAGACACGAAUCAAUUCGCGGAGUUUAUUGAGAAGAAUAUUAAGUUGUAUUCAAUGAGGAAUGGCUUUGAAUUGUCGCCCAAAUCGGCCAAUACUUUCAUUCAACGCAAUUUAGCCGAUUAUCUUCGGUCGCGAACCCCAUAUAUGGUGAACCUAUUGCUGGCCGGAUAUGACACGAUCGCCGAUAAGCCGGAGCUCUAUUUCAUGGACUACUUGGCCACCAAUUGUACGGUUCCGUACGCUAUGCACGGCUACGGCUCGUUCUUCGGCACAUCAGUGCUCGACAGUGGUCCACGAGAUCCUACGGUUCCGUACGCUAUGCACGGCUACGGCUCGUUCUUCGGCACAUCAGUGCUCGACAGGUAUUAUAAGAGCGACUCAACACAAGAGGAAGCGAUCGAAUUGCUUAAGAAAGUGGUCCACGAGAUCCAGAAGCGAUUAGUGAUCAAUUUGCCCGCAUUUCAAGUCUGUAUUGUCGACAAACAGGGCGUCCGACAGUUGGACGACAUUGUCUUCGACCCGAUAGCCGUCGGACUCCACACUGUUAUCCCACAGACGGGCCAACACGUGGUCCCAAUGAGCCACUAA